AUGGCGUUUUUCGCCACCGUCGCGCUCGUCGUUUUGCUCAGCGGCAUCACGGACGCCGCCAUAAGCGGCUCGCCGCCAUGGCACGCGGGCUUCGUGGCCGGGACCGCGGAAGGCUGCGAGGGCUAUCUGCAAGCGACCGGCAUCGCAGCUCUGCGCCUGUCUGCGUCCAGCUUCUUCGACGGCAACGGCAACGUGCGCUCCGCCAGUGAAUGGGAGCCCGUCGCACUCGUGGACGCCUGGAGGCAGUCGAACGCCAAGCUCUUCAACGGCUUCUGGCUCCCCGGGACCUUCUCGUUCUCGACGUCAGGCGACGGCUGGCUGUCGAGCGACGCGACCAGAGCGCUGGCGGAGCUCCAGGAGCGCCUGGUGGCUCAGACGCCGCACUGCGACGCCGGCUGCCAGGACAGGCAGCGCGACGCUCUCCGUAGCAUAUACGCGUCCACGGGCGGCGACCAGUGGCCCGAUCCGGCGGUGCGCGCGGCCUGGACGUCCGCAACCCUCCACCACUGCUGCUACCCCGGCGUCACAUGCUGCAGCGCGGACAACUCGUUCCUCAUACCGCGCCUCGACGACGCCGGCGCCGUCGUCGAUGUCAUCGACUCGCGCGUUCGCGGCAUCGCCUGCCUGCGCCCCGGCGCCGUGGUGGCGCUCGACCUCAGCACUCUGGCGCGCGUCGACGGUGCGCCCGGGCCGCCGGGCGGCGGGGGGCAGGGGCCCCCGCGGUCCCUCCCGGCGGACGCGCUCGCCGCGCUUGCGCCCAGCCUGGAGUACCUGGACGCGCGGUUCGCGGGUCUGUCCGGGACGCUGCCGGCGACGAUCCUACGCGCCGUGCUCCUGCGCAGCCUGCGCCUCGACUUCAACUCGCUCUCCGGGGAGUUUCCGCGAGCGGACGGCGGGGUCGACUGGGCGCACCAUGCGCUGCUCGUCCACCUGGGUCUGGUGGGCAACCGCUUCUCGGGGGGCCUCCCGUCCGAGCUGAGUCAGGCGCUGUCGCUGGAGGAGCUCGUCGUGGCGGGCAACGAGUUCGUGCGCGGCAUGCCGACGGCCGCGUCGCCCGCGCUGCGCGUCGUGGACGUGUCGGGCAACCGCAUCCAGGACGGGCUGGUCCCGCGCGGCGUCACGGCGGGCGUGGCCUCGCUCGCGGACGGGCGCGACGACGUGCUGGGCAUCAAGCGCACGGCCACGCCGCUCUCGCUCAAGAUGCUGCGCGCCCGCGCGAACGGCGCGACGGGCACGCUCCCCGCGUCCCUGACGCAGUUCGACCUGCAGGUGCUCGACCUGUCGGACAACAGGCUCACCGGCACGAUCCCGCGGCGCGUCGCGACGCUCGGGGGCCUCAAGGUACUCCUUCUCUCGGGGAACGCCCUCUCGGGCACGUUCCCGGAGCUCGGGGGCACCUCGGAGCUCGAGGAGAUCGACGUCUCCAACAACCCCGCGCUGACGGGGACCGUGCCGGUCGGGCUGCGCAACGCCAGAGACCUGCGGAUGUCCACGACCAACGUGUUCGGGGCGAUCCCGGAGCAGCUGGUCUCGAUCCGUCUCCAGCACGUCAACAUCCUGGACACGCUCAUGACGCACCCGCGCAGCGCCCCGAACGAGCGCGGCGAGUUCCUGCCCUCGUGGCUGACCUUUGGAAGCGGCGACGACCUCGAGCUCACCUCGGUGCUCACGCGCGACGCCGACACGGGCGAGAUCGAGGAGGUCGACGGCCUCCUGUGCCCGAACGUCCAGCCCGCGGGCAGCGCCCAGCGCUUCCUGCGCGUCAUCAUGCACCCAAGCUACUACCGCUUCGAGGGCUGCUUGUGCGCCAGGGGCUACGAGCCCGCGAACGUGCCGCCGCCCUCGCACGUCACCGAGCGCCUCGACGCCGUCCGCAACGACCCGGCCUCGGGCUGGCCGGCCGCGGGUGCCGCGCGCGACGCCUUUGAGCGCGAGCACGUGCUCGACGCGUGGCUCGAGUGCGAGGACGUCGGGACGACGCUGGAGAACUGGGUCAUCCCGGUCUCGGUGUCCAUCGGGGGCCUCGUCCUCCUCGUCCUCGUCGUAGCGCUCUUCCUCCUCUGGCGCUUCCGCGGGGAGCUGGCCGUGGCCUUCAUGGAGCGCCGCAAGCGCAGCGGGCCCCCGUCGGGCGGGCGCGCGAUCACGCUGGUGCUCACGGACGUGGAGGGGUCCACCGCGGCGUGGGAGGAGCACCCCGAGGACAUGACGCGCGCCAACGCCGUGCAUGACGCCAUCAUGCGGCACCUGCUGCCCAAGUGGCACGGCUACGAGGUCACCACGGAGGGCGACGCGUUCCUCGUGGCCUUCCACGAGCCUGCAGACGCCGUCGGGUGGUGCCUGUCCGCGCAGGCGGCCCUGAUGGCCGCGAACUGGCCCGAGGGCCUCGUCAAGUCGAUCAGCACGGACAAGUUCCCGACGCACCCGCAGCGGCAAUCGUCGGAUUGUGCACCCGACCGCGCGCACAAGAUCGGCAGGUCCGCGUCGGACCUCGCGAACGCCGCGUCGCGGGGUGGCGACUCCCCGAACGGGUUCGAGGCGCAGCACCAGACCCCGCCGCGGCGGUCGACGGACGCGUCGCGGACGUCGCAGGCCGAGGUCAAGCUCACGCACGACGACGGCCAGCGCUUCUUCCGCGGCCUCCUCGUGCGCAUGUCGGUCGCGACCGCGCACGCCACCAGCAGCAGGGUGCACCGCAUGACGCGCCGCGUGGAGUACGCCGGGCCCGUCGUCGCGGCGGUCAACGCGCUGCAGGAGGUCACCCAGGGCGGGCAGAUCCUGAUCGACGCGGCGUCGUACGAGGGCACGCUGGCGCUGCUGCCCAUCGUGGCGCGCACGCUCAAGGCCCUGCCGAUCUUCCAGGACUUCAAGGAGUGGAUGGCGGCGCGGCGGGCGCCGGAGGUGGUGACGUCGGCGACGGUCUCGCGCAGCAGGAUGCGGGGGUUCGUGGCCAAGGUGGCGCGCGAGCGCUUUGCAAGCCAAGCGGGGGAGGUGGUCUCGGGGGCCGGGGACAACGAGAGCGUGGUCGACGGCGACGGCAAGCAGAGGUCCAUCGCGCGCGGGCGCGGCUCCAUCGGGGUGGACUCCGCCGUCCUGGAGGACUCCGUGGCGGCGGGGCAGCGCGUGUCCAACACCGGGGACCUGAGCGUGGCGCAGCGCGUGCGGUCGGCGCGGACGCGGGCGCGGGUCCACCUGUCGCGCCUGUGGGACCGCGCGACGAAGAGCCGGCUCGGCGAGGCCGCGUUCCUGAGCAACGGCCGCGUGGCGCACCCGGAGCAGACCGCGGGCGACAUCCCCGACAGCUUCCUGCAGAGCCACCUGUCGAUCCUGGACAUGGGCGAGCACCGGAUCGGGCUCCCCGAGCCGACGCACAUCUACCAGCCUGUCGUGCCGCUCCUGGAGGAACGCGUGCGCUUCUUCGACCCGCUGCCGCACUCCCACAUGGUCAGCGCGGGGUACCUCGACGCCCCGCUGGCCAACAUGCCGCUGCGCCCCGAGUCGUCGCUGUGCCCGCACCCGGGCCUGAAGACGUACAACGGGUGCCCGCACUGCGCGGGGCAGCUGGCGGAGCUGCCCGAGGUGGUCAUUGCCUUCUGCGGGCCGGUGCUGCCCGCGAACAUCAGCGAGAGGGAGGCCGAGAAGGCCAAGGCCAUCUAUCGGUCGGCGGUGCGCGAGUCGCUGCCGGCGUUCAACGGCUACGAGUGCCAGGAGCUGACGGGCGCGUUCAUGAUCGCGUUCCACAACCUGGCAGACGCCUUCCUAUGGGGCACGUGCCUGCAAAUGGCGCUCCCGGGCCUCCCCUGGCCCCGCAAGCUGCUCAGCCACGAGUCGGCGGCCGUACAGGUCAACGCCUUCGGCCGGCGCGUGUCGGGCGGCCUCAAGGCGCGCAUCGGCAUCUGCCGCGGCCGCCCGCUGCGCGUCGUCCCGCACCCCGCGACGGGGCGCGCGGACUACUUCGGUCCGCUCGUCAACCGCGCCGCGCGCAUGUGCUUCGCAGCGGCGCAGGGCGGGCAGGUCGUGGGCUCUGCGGCGGACGCGGCGCAGGCCCUCCUGCAGGUCGCGGACCUCACCACGGAGGACGGAAAGGUGCGGGACGCCAUCGGCUUCGUACACGCCGCGUCCACAGGCCUUCACGAGAAGCCCGCGGGCGUGGAACGGGUGACGAGCAGCCCGGCAGAGACGCCAGUGGGGCCGAGGACGCUGCAAGCGACUGCCACGUCGAGCGGCGCUCGGUCCGAGGGCGAGCACGGCGGCCUGCACCGGGUCACGAACGACAAGGCCCUGUUGAGAGCCUGCGGGUUCACUGACGACGAGCAGCUGCCGCCGUUCGUUCAGCCACCCCUGCCGCUCGACCCGCCCAAGCGCGGGCUCGCGGCCAGGUCCACGGCGCGCAUCCACAGCGGGCGCUUCCUCAGGCUGAUGACGUCGGCGAGGCGUUUCACCGAAGACGAGGACAGGGAGAGGUCGGACGGCGGGACGCCGCGACGCGUGGACAAAAUGCCCGCGCGGAGCGUCAGGUUCUCGGUGGCCGAGACCGGCUCCGAGGUGGACAGGCGCGCGCGACUGGGGCCCCGCCAAAUGUGGACGUGGGUGUCGGAAGUGCAGCUCCUCAUGGCCAACCACAUAGGGUCCUUCAAGCUCAAGGGCGUCACUGGCGAGUUCGACCUGUGCGCGGUGAUGCCCUACGCGUUCUCAGGGAUCAGGUACCCCCCGCCCGCCGGCAAGAAAGCCAAGAUGCUGGGCCCCGCCAUGGGCCCCGCUCUCCAGGUUCAGGCCGGCAUGCGGAUUCUGCACGUCCGGGACGACGGCGGCGCGCUGGCCCUGCGCACCCCGAAGAGGGGCCACGGGAGCGACCGCCACAGCAAUCGCUUCAAGGACCAGCCCACGUCCGGGGAAUCGGACUUCGAACGAGCUCCGGAGCACGUCUCCGUCCUAACGAGGAUGCCGGAGUAG